UGCGAUGUAUGCUGUAAAGAGUUUUCUUGAAGGCCUUUUUCGUCCUGUUUGUGAGAUUGAUGUUGUUCUUAAUGAUGCUGAAACACGAAAACCAGCAGAAAUUAAAACAGAGGAUGGUAAAGUAGAAAAGCAUUAUCUCUUCUAUGAUGGCGAGUCUGUUUCGGGAAAGGUGAAUGUCUCCUUUAAGCCGUCUGGGAAGAGACUAGAGCAUCAAGGAAUUAGAAUUGAAUUUGUAGGACAAAUUGAGCUCUUCAAUGACAAAAGCAACACUCAUGAAUUUGUAAACUUAGUAAAAGAACUGGCCUUACCUGGAGAACUGACCCAGAGCAGAAGCUAUGACUUUGAAUUCAUGCAGGUUGAGAAGCCAUAUGAGCUCCCCCCCCCCCCCCCCCCAAGAAAAGGAGGGCCAAUUUCACUGCUAAUCCUGAGAGUAAAACUAUUAUAUUUCCUAAAAGUGACAAUAGUAAGACGGCUGUCAGACCUGGUGAAAGAGUACGACCUCAUUGUUCACCAGCUUGCUACCUACCCAGAUGUAAACAACUCAAUUAAAAUGGAAGUAGGCAUUGAAGACUGCCUGCAUAUAGAGUUUGAGUACAAUAAAUCUAAGUAUCACUUAAAGGAUGUGAUUGUUGGAAAAAUUUACUUCCUCUUAGUGAGAAUAAAAAUUCAGCACAUGGAGUUGCAGCUGAUCAAAAAGGAGAUUACUGGAAUUGGACCCAGUACCACAACAGAGACUGAAACCAUUGCAAAGUAUGAAAUAAUGGAUGGUGCACCAGUUAAAGGUGAAUCGAUUCCUAUAAGACUGUUCUUAGCAGGCUAUGACCCAACUCCUACAAUGAGGGAUGUAAACAAAAAGUUUUCAGUGAGGUACUUCUUGAAUCUAGUGCUUGUGGAUGAAGAAGACAGGCGAUACUUCAAACAACAGGAAAUAAUUUUAUGGAGAAAAGCUCCUGAGAAACUGAGAAAACAACGAACAAACUUUCACCAGCGAUUCGAAUCUCCAGAAUCACAAGCAUCUGCUGAGCAACCUGAAAUGUGAACUGGUAUAAGAUGAAAAACUCUCGCAAUGCUUCAGCAGGUUAAAGAUGGCAGCAGCCUGUGGGAAACGAAGGCGAAAAUUCCCAUUACAACUGUCUUCCUUCAUCUUGCAGUGCUGCAUUUACCAUACUACUAAAAUAUUCUUCAGUUAAACAUUCAAGUAUGUAUAUACAUUUAAAAUAAAGUGCUUUCUCAAACACUGGAA